AUGUUUUUGUUGUUGUUUGUUUACCAGCUCAGUAGGCUCCUACUUUUUCCAGUAGAGGAAGUGUUGAGCACACGCCAAAACUCCAGUCUUCGCGUCUGUCCACCUCGUCGUUGGCUUUCGGUAAGCGGACGAGAUGAUGGCACUAGUGAUGUGCAGAGCCUAGCCCCUAGUCCGGCUCUAGUUGGAAGCACCGCAAGUCCAGCUAGUCCAGCGACACACGCUCGUUUUUCAUAUUCACGACCUCCGCUCGGUCAUCAAGCAUCCACCGGAUUCUGGAUCUCGCAAGAUGACGAUCAACAUCCUGUAACUUAUGGAUCUGGACAUCCUGGCUCUGCGGCAGCUACAAUGGCCUUCCAUCGGAGUAGUAUGCGGCGCAAGUCGAUGGCUCUUACCUGUGCCGUUAGCCUAGAUCUCGCACUCUCAGAGGAAGAUGCAACAGUCUAG